CUUCCUUACCUGACAAUAAGACGCUGUGUAACAAACAAAAAAGGCAAUAAAACCAUGACACAGGUGACGUAAAGGCGAAGGCAACCGUACAAAUAAAAUAAUGUGGAAAAGAAAAGAUAAGAUGGCGAAUGUAGGGAUGUGGUGGCUACAAAGUGGCAGUGAUGAUGGGCAACAGCAACAGAAGAGGAAAGCAGCAGGUUCGUGUGAUCACAAUGCCGAUGUUAGUCCUGAAGAGGAGGACGUGUCUGAGCUCAGACUUAAUGCUGACAAUGAGCAGAAGUGGGAUGAUUCCGAUUCACUGUGGAUUUUGUUACUAAAUUACAUGGAAACCGCUUUAACCUGGCACAGACCAAGAUAUAGCACUGUAAUGUUCAUCUCCUGUAAUGUUCUGUUCUGGUUUCUAGCUUCAACGUCUUGGAGGCUUUACUCCCUUCUUGCUUUGGGCUUCCUUUUGUUGGUUGUUGUGGAAAAUGCGAAAGCUUUAAUUUUGUUGGCCAUGAAAGGUUGGAAGAAAAGAAAAGGCCUGAAUGGAAGCUGUAAAGUGACUGAAAUGAAGCCAGAAUACACACCAAAACUCAGCCAGUGCAUCACAGAGGCAUUGAUGAGUUGUUCUCUGUUUUUUGAGGAGAUGACCCAUUUCAAAAAGCUAAACCCUGGGAAGUUUUGUCUCCUUAUUUGCAGUUUCUGUACGUUUUGUGCAGUUAUUGGGCGCUACAUUCCUGGGGCUUUGGUGUCAUACUUCAUGUUAUUAUCUAUUUUGUUGUGGCCUUUAAUAAGCUCUUGUGACUUCGGGCAAAGAAUUUACAACAAGGUCAACCCAGUUCUGUACCGAUUCGAUUUUGGUAUUAAGGACUAUGUACAACAUUUGCAAGCAAGACAGCAAAUGAAGCACAAGGAAUUGGCUGAAAGAAAGUCAGAAGAUGAGAGCGAAGUGGAUACAUCUGCUCUUUGUCUCAAAGUCAGCAGUUCAGGAGCUGGCAAAGAACUGUGUAUUUCUGACACUGAACCUUCAGAAACAUGGACAGAAAAUGGAACCUUUAACUUGUCUGGAGGUCAUACCCCACAGACAGAUGCCUCAGAUGAUCUAGAUCGUCCGAGUGAUCCCGAGGAAGCAUUUACUAGAGAUCUUCCGGAAUUUCCUUUGGUUGAUUAUAAGGGAACAACAGAUGGUGAUGACUCAAGUAUUGGCAUCACUACUCCUCCAGUUCCCAGUCUAGAACCCAAUGAAGUAGAUUCAUAUCAGGAAGGCAUACAAACAGGAAUUGCUGUUGCUGGACUUCCCUUGAACUUGCCCAAUGAGCGGACCUUCAACCUGAUCAGCACUAUGGCAAGUGAUGUAAUUGCUACAGCAGUGUCUUCUGCUAUAAAAGGCCAGUUUCAGGCCUUUGAAACCAACCUGACCAUGCCACCACAGCUGAACUCAAGUGAAGACACUGACACAGAAGAGGCUGAUGACUUUGAAUUGCUUGACGAGUCUGAGUUGGAACAAAUUGAGAGUGAAUUAGGACUGGAUCAGGGCCAAACAACAAAUCAACAAGCCAAAGAUGGCAAGUCAGGCUUUCUGUCAAACCUAUUGGGUGGUCAUUAAACCUGCUUUCAGGGCUGGAGAAUAAACAUAUAGACCAUAUGUGAAUAACAAAACAAACAUAAAGUGCAAGUUUAUUUACUAUCGUUGUUCCCAAAACAAGAGACAAAUCUCAUAAAUAUGAUGUGGUGAAUAUUGAACUAGGUGCAGCAAAGAAAGAAUGAGAAAAUGGAAUAGAGCUGCACAGUUAUCAUCAUUUAAUAAUCUAGUUAUUGAAGGAACUGAUUGAUUUGUGCUGUUUGGUAAAAUGGGCCACCUAUUCUGUGUGCGUUGUCUGUGUAUAAUCUUUAUGCCUUGAAAUAACAGCAUGGAAAUUAAUCCUGUCUUGUAUAUCUGAGUUGUUAGCAAAUAGCUUUAAACAUAUUUCAAUUGACAUGUACUUGCAAAUCUGAAAGUCAGAUAUCAAACAUUUUUAUUUAAGAUUUUUAUCCUGUGGGCAGAAACUGGCAAUCAAUAAUUAGCUUCUGACUGUGCUUUGCACCAAAUUGACAGCUGAAGAAGCAGAGUACUUUUCAAAAAAUACUUGUGGUAUUUUAGAUAUCCUGGAAAGUCUAGUCCGCUUUGAAGCCCCUUUUUUCACAUGCUUGAGUAGACAUAUUUCACAGGUGAGGACAUCAAUCCUUGCUUGUAUUUUAAAAAUAUGUAAAGCUGCUUGGAUACAGAAUUGGCUGGCCAACAGAAGACAGCGAGUGGUAGUAGAAGGAAAAUAUUCUGCCUGGAAGUCAGUGGUGAGUGGAGUUCCACAGGGCUCUGUCCUUGGGCCUCUACUGUUUGUAAUUUUUAUUAAUGACUUGGACGAGGGAAUUGAAGGAUGGGUCAGCAAGUUUGCAGACGACACAAAGGUCGGAGGUGUCGUUGACAGUGUAGAGGGCUGUUGUAGGCUGCAGCGGGACAUUGACAGGAUGCAGAGAUGGGCUGAGAGGUGGCAGAUGGAGUUCAACCUGGAUAAA